AUGCGGUCCCUGGACAGCGCCGGGGCCGCCGAACUGCAGGAGCCAGGGCUGUCGCAGCUGCCGCCGGACGACGCGCCCCCGGACGCGAGCGAGGAGCCGGCGGCCGCGGAGGUAGCGGGGACACCAGGGAAAUGUUAUCUGUACCUGAUCAUCUCAUUCUGUUCUAAAGUAGAGAAAGCCAAGAAGAAAGCACCCUGUCCUGGACUUGGCUUGUUUUACACAUUACUAUCUGCCUUCUUUUUCUCAGUGGGCUCUUUGUUUGUUAAAAAAGUACAAGACAUCCAUGCUGUAGAAAUCAGUGCGUUUCGAUGCAUAUUCCAAAUGCUAGUCAUUAUCCCUUGCUUAAUAUACAGAAAAACUGGGUUUAUAGGUCCAAAAGAUCAGCGGAUUUUCCUCAUUCUCAGAGGACUCCUUGGUUCUACUGCCAUGAUCCUUAUAUAUUAUGCUUUCCAGGCAACAUCCCUCGCAGAUGCCACGGUCAUCACAUUCAGCAGUCCAGUGUUUACAUCUAUAUUUGCUUGUAUAUUUCUCAAAGAAAAAUACAGCCUUUGGGAUGCUCUCUUCACCCUAUUUGCAAUCACUGGAGUGAUCUUUAUUGUGCGACCACCAUUUUUGUUUGGUUCCAACACUGAGAGGAUGGGAGAAAGCUAUUCAGUCCAUCUUAAGGGAACAUUCGCGGCAAUUGGACAUGCCGUGUUAGCUGCAUUGACAUUAGUUAUCCUAAGAAAGAUGGGAAAAUCUGUGGACUACUUUUUGACCAUUUGGUAUUACGUAAUACUUGGCCUCGUGGAGUGUGUCAUCAUCCUAUUUAUAUUAGGAGAAUGGAGUCUGCCUUACUGUGGAUUGGACAGGCUAUUUCUCAUACUCAUUGGACUGUUUGGUUUAGGAGGUCAAGUAUUUCUCACAAAAGCCCUUCAGAUUGAAAAAGCAGGGCUAGUAGCAAUAAUGAAGGCUAUGGAUGUAGUCUUUGCUUUUAUCUUUCAGAUUAUUUUCUUUAAUGAUAUGCCAACAUGGUGGACAGUGGGUGGUGCUCUCUGCGUAGUAGCCAGUAGUACUGGAGCAGCCAUUCGUAAGUGGUGCCAGGGUUCCAAAUGAAAGAUAAAUUGCUGAAAUACAUUUUUUUCAAGCACACCAUCAUCCAGUUCAAAUCACACACACUUGCAAAAUCUGCAUUUACUUCAUUGAUUAUAUUUAAUAAAUUUUAUAAUUAAAGUACCAUUUUUGAAUAUGGUAUGUUUUUAAUUAGUUAAGAAUAGCUAGUCUGUCUGGUCUAACUUUUUUUUUUUUGUAGUUUUUGUUUUGGUGUGUAUUUUGAUGAGGUGGCAAUGAUCAGAGGAGAACUCACUAUUUGAGGAAAAAACUGCACAAAUAUUUUAUGACUA